UAUAAAUUCACUUCCUGCCAGCUUGAGCCCCACCAAAAAAAAACAACCUUUAGUAAUAUUCAUGGCAUGACGCUACGACAUAUACAAAGGUAAUAAAGAAGGGCCACAAGAUGAACUACGUACCGGGGACGGCAAGUCUCAUCGACGAGAUAGACAAAAAACACCUGGUUCUCCUCCGUGAUGGCAGAACACUGAUCGGGUACCUCAGAAGCAUCGACCAGUUCGCCAAUUUGGUUUUCCACCAGACAGUUGAACGCAUCCACGUGGGCAAGAAGUUUGGUGACAUUCCCAGAGGAAUCUUCAUUGUGAGAGGAGAAAAUGUGGUGCUUCUUGGCGAGAUUAAACACACUCUCGUCCACACUUGGAGCGAUGAUCCUUGCAUGUGUACCAUCGAUUGCCCCGACCACUCCAGGGAAGCCAGCUACCUGCAUGAAUGCAGUUUGCUUCUGCUGAAUUAUCCGGGGUGUAGUUGGAAAGUCAAUGAAACGCAUGACGAGGAUGUAGAUAAGCAGUGUGACGCCAUCCUGCAGCAGGUUUCCAUUGAGGAGAUUCUGGAGGAGCAGCGAUUAAAACAGCAAACCAAACAGGAGACGGAGAAGGUCAAGAUGCAGGCUCUGAAAGACAGGGGCCUCUCUAUCCCCAAAGCGGAUAACUUGGAUGAAUAUUAACACUGUGCAAGUCCCAUGAGUUGCUUCAGUUUGUAUCAGACUGAUAUCUUAGUUGAAUUUGAGAACGCAUGAUUUUAUGAGCACUGGCAGCAUUAUGCCUUGCCACCUUACUGUAGUGUACUGUAUGAAUUUGAUUUUUAUAAUUUGCUCUGUUUUGCAGGGCAAUGGUGGCGAAAUUGUUUUUUCCUUGGAUCACAAUCCUAGCAAUUAUUUUACAGCAGCACUUUGUGUUACUCUAUCAUGCCGAGUGCUUUUAUUUGCAGAUGUCAAGGCCUGCUAUUGACUUGAAACAAAUGGCAAAGCUCCAUUAAAAUGUUUUUUUUUACCAUG